AUGUCUGAAUUAUUUGCCCCAGCACCAGAGCCUCCAACUGAGCUUGGAAGACUCCGCAUACUGUCAAAAAAUGCAGGUAUCCGAGUUUCUCCGCUUGUUCUUGGGGCGAUGUCUAUUGGUGACGCGUGGGAAGAGACUUUGGGCUCUAUGGACAAGCAGCGCUCUUUUGAGUUACUAGAUGCGUUCUACGAAGCGGGUGGCAACUUUAUCGACACUGCCAACAAUUACCAAAACGGGCAAUCUGAGGAAUGGAUAGGAGAGUGGAUGUCCUCGAGAAAAAUUCGUGAUCAGAUUGUUAUUGCCACUAAAUACACAAGUGACUACAAGGCAUACCAGAUCGGAAAGAACAAGAGCGCGAAUUUUAGCGGUAAUCACAGGCGUAGCUUGCAACUGAGCGUUCGCGACUCUCUUCGCAAGCUGCAAACAGACUGGAUUGACAUCCUCUACGUCCAUUGGUGGGACCAGAUGACUUCGAUCGAGGAAGUCAUGGACAGUCUUCAUGUUCUUGUUCAGCAGGGCAAAGUACUCUAUCUUGGUGUAUCAGACACUCCUGCGUGGGUAGUCUCUGCAGCAAACACAUAUGCUAGGGCUCAUGGUAAAACCCCUUUCAGUGUAUAUCAAGGCCGGUGGAACGUGAUGACAAGGGACUUUGAACGCGAAAUUAUACCUAUGGCAAGGACUUUUGGGAUGGCGCUCGUCCCCUGGGAUGUGUUGGGUGGCGGCCGGUUCCAAACGAAAAAGAGUUUGGAGGAAAAGAAGAACAACGGAGAAAACAUACGUACUUUUUUUGGUCCUGCAGACCAAACUCCAAACGAGAUCAAGGUCUGCGAAGCUUUGGAGAAGGUGGCGAAGGAGCAUAACACCGAAUCGAUUACCGCAAUUGCACUUGCCUACGUACGGUCAAAGACCAGCCGCGUAUACCCGCUCGUGGGAGGCAGAAAAACCGAACAUCUCAAGCAAAAUAUUGAAGCCUUAAGCAUCAAGCUAUCUCCAGAGCAGAUCAGUUUCCUUGAGAGCAUCGUUCCGUUUGAUCUCGGUUUUCCCAGCUCCUUUAUUGGCCCAGACCCCAAUGUUACGGGAGAAACUGGAUUUUUGACUGCUAUGUCGACCCAUCUUGCCUUUGACUAG